UUUGGCUGAAAGUUCCGGUUUCCACUCGGAAUGUAACAUUUGUAACACGGGGGAAACUUCCGCUCAGUGAGGACACGUCACUCAUUCGGCUAAGGAAGAGAAGCACUGCAAACGCUGUGUUUAGUCAUUGUAGGUAUCUUAAACAUCCACAACAUGUCGAACUCUGUCAUAUCGGUGAUUUCCCGGUUUCUGGAGGAGUACAGCACCUCGACGCCAACCAAACUGAAAAUGGUGGAUGCGUAUUUGCUGUACAUUUUGCUGACAGGGGCGCUGCAGUUUCUCUACUGUCUGCUCGUCGGCACCUUCCCAUUCAACAGCUUUUUGUCGGGCUUCAUCUCGUGUGUGGGCUCUUUCAUUCUAGCAGUGUGCCUUCGCAUCCAGAUCAACCCACAAAACAAAGGAGACUUCCUGUCCAUCUCUCCAGAGAGGGCUUUCGCUGACUUCCUAUUUGCUCACACUGUUCUCCAUCUGGUUGUGAUGAACUUCAUUGGCUGAAGAAGAGGCGCGUCUUUGAGAAGAUCGCAGUGAAAAAAAGCCUUCUUCAAGACACCUGGUUGAGCCCAACAUCAACACCAAAUCAGUUGCAACUUCUGACAUCUUAUGCGGUUCAAUGUCAUUCUUUUUUUAUGUAACAUUUGUAAAGCAUUCCCGUUUUAAACAGGCAAAAACAAUAAAAACAACAGGAACAUGA